CUCGUCUAUAGAUCUUCAACUUCAUUUGUAUCGAAUUCACCAAUGGAAAAUAUCAUAUUCAUAAGAUAUGUAGUUCUAACUGGUUUAAACUUUUUAAUAUAUAUAGAUUGGUUAACUUAACACGAACACCAGUAUAUUACUGUCUUAGUAAUGUCGCAUGACAGAGAUAAACAAAUAAUAGUAUAUCUUAAAUGAGUUACAUUUAUUAUGGCUUCAUCAAAGUCUGUCUUCAAGAUCACAAAACCACCCAUAGCACAACCAACAAUAACUCAACCAUUUCCGAAGGAUAUAAUUCAAAUGAGUCAAGUAUGUUACAAACAUAACGAGAAGUACACAAUUUACUGCAAAAAACAUGAAUGUCCCUGUUGCAGUGGUUGUAUUGUAGAAGAUCAUAACGAAUGUCGGAACUUAGCUAAGCUUGCUGAUUAUAUUAAAAAGAACAAACCAACGAAUGCUUUUAGCGAGAUGGAGCAUUCAUUAAAGGAACUUGUUAACAAUAUCAAAGCAGUUCGACAUGACCAACAAAACAAUCUGCAGAGGUUAGCUAAGAUGAAGAGUCAGAUUGUCAAAGAAAUUAAAGAAACCCGGAUUACAAUUAACAACCAUUUAGAUGAAAUACAAAAUGACAUACUAGAAAAGUUAAAUGCAGUGGAAGUAGAAGAAAACACCAAGAUUGUCACGUUGUUGUUACUAUUAAAGGAAAAAGAAGAUGAGAUAAGCGAAUGCCAGAAAAGCAUGGGGGAAAUCAAGAAAAAUGCAAAAGAUCUUAAGAGUUAUCUCCUCAUGAAAUAUUUUGAAAACGAAGUAUCAAGCAAAGGUGAAUUCCUCCAAUCAAUGAUCGACACAGAAAAUUUUCAGGAACGUAAUUUGUCAUAUAAAGCACAUGCCGCCAUUCAAAAACUCGUUAUCGAUAUCAACAAUUUCGGGGCUAUAACGAUUGAGACAAAACAAAGUAAUAUAGUCAUAAAAAGAAGAAACUUCAAAGAAGAACAACUAUUGGUGCCAUCAUUAUCAACGGUGGACCAUAUUGAAUUAAAUCUGAUAAAAACUAUAGAUUCUACGGGAGAUAACACAUGGGGAUGUUGCACGUUUCCAGAUGGUAGACUUGCGUUUCCAGAUUACUAUAGUAAAACUAUCAGAGUAUUCAACACUGACGGAUCAUUUUCAUUUGAUGUGAAAACAGCAACAUGUGCAUGUGACAUAGCGUACAUUAGUGAAGACAACACGUUAGCUGUAUCAUCAGGAGGAUCAGAUACGCCAUCCAUUUCACUAAUUGACAUACAAAACAAACAAAUGAAGGAAACAAUACCAGUUGGUUCUUAUUGUUAUGGCAUAGCAAUAAAAGAGAACGAGCUCAUUUGUUCUGCGGCUGAUGAUGGAAUACAAGUCAUCAACAUGUUCAACAACUCCACGAAUGAUAUAGUCUCAGAACAAAUACCAUCUGGUGGCUACGUUGCUACAUUUUGUGACAAAGUUUACCAUACAAAUAAUGAAACAGACUGCGUCACGUGUUUAGAUCUACACGGUAUUGACCAAUGGACAUUCCAGAAUGAGAAUAUUCUAAAGGAGCCACGUGGUAUAUCUGUAGACAACGACGGUAAUGUGUACGUAGUGGGGGUAGCAUCUUUUAAUGUCGUAGUUAUAUCUGCGGAUGGAACACAAUAUAAGGAACUAUUUAUAGUCAGUGAUGACCUUUUUGAACCGUAUACUCUUGACUAUAAUAAAGAUACUAAUCAGUUAUUAGUUGCCGAUAAUAGUAACAAAGCAAUGCUUUUUGAUGUUGGCCGUUGA